AUACAAUGUGCAAGUCAAUUUCCCUCUCGGUGGCCUUCCUCUUCGCCUUGUGCGUUGUGGCAUCUUCAAGCUCGUCCCCCUCGAUGCGCCUGUGCAGCGUACAUCUUAACGAUAUGUUGAGCAAACUGUGUAGUGCCACAGGAUACAAUCGAAUCAUCCAUAAGCGCGGCUCACCCCUCAUGGACAUGGACCCUCUCGAUCCCAUUCAAUAUAUUGAGGAGAAGGAGGCUUCCUCUGCCGAGCUGCUUCCUUAUCGUUUGAGCAACGGACGCCUGCGUAACAUUUUCCAGGAUAACGGCCUCAGCUCUCUAACCUCCACCCGACGACGCACUCGUGCGGGAAUUGUUGACGAAUGCUGCAGGAGGUCUUGCCAACUUGAAGAACUGACUAAUUACUGUGCCGCCUAAGUGCAAGCCAUAGGACAGUAGACAUCCCUUUUGAAGCACCGUGAUCAGAGUACAUUUUGAAAUUGAUUGAACCCUAGAAUUGUUACGCCCUACCCCUAUAUGAAAAUCCACGUGUUGUAUUUAUAUUAUAGAUGCUUUCAAUAAAAAGCCAAGCUGCAUAAA